AUGCUUGGAGCAACCAAUCUUUUUAGUCACCAACAAACCUCAACCUCCAAUUUCUUCAUUCACAUCAGAUUUGAAGGAAAUGACAUCCAUUUUACUAUCCACUCCCAAACUCUAAAACCAGACUUAACUCGCAUCAUCGAUUCCUCAUCCGUCGAGAAAGCUUCCAAUUCCAUUUUUACGAUUCACUCACAAACCAAUCUUCAAAUUUGGCCCCAGCAGUUAAAGUACAUGACUUGCCGGAAAGACUCAUCGGACUGUGUUAUGUUCCUUUCUCCGACGUUGACGUUUGAUCGUAGAAAAACGCCGAAAAAUGGACGGAGAUCGGAGGUGAAAGCCUUCUUUCCAUGGCGGAAGGAGUUGAUUAGGAGAGAUUUAAGUUUGUAG